UGUAACGGAGCGGAAGCUGCUGGCGUCACGCGCGCGCAGUCUUGAUUAGCAGGUGGGAAAAGAGCUCGCGCAGGAUGGGAUUCGGAUCGCAAACUACUUGUUGAGGAUCAGCGCUUAUGAGAAUCAAGUCCGGAUGGAGCAGCGAGUCAGAGGCAGCAGUUUAUGCGCUCGAGCAUGCCGUGGAGGAGGCGAUGCUCCGGAAACCGAGGGAAAAGCAGAGGAAUAGCUGAGAGAGAGAGAAAGAGAGAGAGAGAGAGAGAGAGAGAGAGAGAGAGCACAACCUCCUUCUCCUGCCUGACGACGGACUGAAGCUUUUCCGCUCCCGCCUUCAAUCUGUCCGACACUGGACAGCGACCGUUUGGAAGGCAAGUUCACAGCAGUCCACACAGAGGCGGAUUAUCAUCGAGCCAGACGUUCUCAUUAGCGGAUAACGAACAUGGCCUGCAAGCUGCUUCCUUGUUCUUCACGUUCAGUUCUGAGUUUAAGUCGGUUUCACACCCCUCCUUUUUUGCAGCGGGAAGAAUGAAGGAGAAGAGAAGCAGAUUUAGGCGGUAGUUCUCUCAGACACUUCCAACUGUUACUCUCUUGAGUAAGGAGGGAUCGCUAAGGAGAUAGGAAAUGAUUAAGACCGGGUCACGCUCUACCUCCACUGUGCCGCCUGAGCCAGUGGAGAUCAUCCGGAGCAAAGCGAGCUCACGCCGCGUGCGCCUGAACGUUGGCGGUCUCCUGCAUGAGGUGCUGUGGAGGACGCUAGAUCGGCUGCCGCGCACACGCCUUGGCAAGCUGCGAGACUGCAACACACACGAGGCCAUCAUGGAGGUGUGUGAUGACUACAGCUUGGAGGAGAAUGAAUACUUCUUUGACAGGCACCCAGGUGCAUUCACGUCUAUUCUGAACUUCUACCGCACGGGUAAGCUGCACAUGAUGGAGGAGAUGUGUGCACUCUCGUUCAGCCAGGAGCUUGACUUCUGGGGUAUUGAUGAGAUCUACUUGGAGUCAUGCUGCCAAGCACGCUAUCACCAGAAGAAGGAGCAGAUGAAUGAGGAGCUGAAACGUGAAGCUGAGACCAUGCGCGAACGUGAGGGUGAGGAGUUUGACAACACAUGCUGCACAGAGAAGCGCAAGAAACUUUGGGAUCUCUUGGAGAAACCCAACUCUUCUCUAGCAGCAAAGGUUCUGGCCAUCAUCUCAAUCCUGUUUAUUGUUCUCUCAACCAUCGCUUUGUCUCUCAAUACCCUCCCAGAGCUUCAGGACAUAGACGAGUUUGGGCAAGCAACUGACAACCCUCAGUUAGCCCAUGUAGAAGCAGUCUGUAUCGCUUGGUUUACCAUGGAAUAUCUUCUUCGCUUCCUCUCCUCACCCAGUAAAUGGAAGUUUUUCAAAGGCCCAUUGAAUAUCAUUGACCUGCUAGCCAUUCUUCCAUACUAUGUUACCAUCUUCCUGACUGAGUCCAACAAGAGUGUACUGCAGUUCCAGAAUGUACGGCGAGUGGUGCAGAUCUUUCGGAUUAUGCGAAUUUUGAGAAUCCUCAAACUGGCUCGCCACUCAACUGGGCUACAGUCACUAGGCUUCACAUUACGUCGCAGUUACAAUGAACUGGGUCUGCUAAUCCUCUUCUUAGCCAUGGGCAUCAUGAUAUUCUCUAGUUUGGUCUUCUUUGCAGAAAAAGAUGAAGAAGACACAAAAUUCAAGAGCAUCCCAGCUUCCUUCUGGUGGGCCACCAUUACCAUGACAACUGUGGGCUACGGAGAUAUUUACCCCAAGACUUUAUUGGGAAAGAUUGUUGGGGGACUGUGUUGCAUUGCAGGAGUGCUAGUCAUUGCCCUACCUAUUCCUAUAAUUGUAAACAACUUCUCUGAGUUCUACAAGGAACAGAAAAGACAAGAGAAAGCCAUCAAAAGGCGUGAGGCUCUAGAAAGAGCCAAGAGAAAUGGCAGUAUAGUAUCUAUGAAUAUAAAGGAUGCUUUUGUUCGAAAUGCAGAGCUAAUGGAUGUAGUGGUGAUGGAGAAGACAGAAGAAAACAUCACAAAGACAGACAAAGUGCAGGACAACUGUCAUAUGUCACCUACUCGCUGGAAAUGGACACCUAAGCGCACCAUCUCAGAAACCAGUUCCAAUAAGUCAUUCACUGGGAAGGAGCAAGAAACUCCAGUUAGAGCCACCAGCCCAAACAGUCCACAACAUCUUAAUGUCCAGAAGCUGGAGGAGAUGUACAGCAAAAUGGCCAAGACCCAAUCCCAGCCCAACCUGAACAGUAAGGAACAAGGUAACUUGUCAAAAUUGGCAAAGAGAAGAGAUGAAUUGGAAAUGAGAAGCAUUCCUGUUAAUCAGACCCCCACCACAACAGAAGGUGUGAUGGAUAUGAGAAGCAUGUCAAGUAUUGACAGCUUCAUCAGUUGUGCUACAGACUUUCUGGAAAGCUCAAGAUUUUCACACAGUCCCAUCUCAAAUCAGCCUAGCCGAGUCAGUGUCAACCCGGGACUUGAGACAACCCAUGAGUACGAGACCAUGAAGAAGCCUGUUGGUCCACCCAAGCCUGGACGAACAUUAUUCUCUGACAGCCCUCGUGGUCUUCGCAUCAGUAACCCUCUGAAAACAAGGUCUCUCAAGGUCAACUUCUUCUCAGGAGAAACCACAGGUCCUACUGCAGGUUCGGCUCAGGGGGGAGGCACUGCUGCUCUCUCAGAAAGUUCUGAUCGGUCCAUUAUGAGUCCAGAAGUGUCUGUCUAUACCACUGCCAGCAGCAAGACUCCACCUAAGACUCCUGAGACACUUAUACCAACUGUUUUCACAUUUCAUGAUGCAUCGAUCAGCAAGUACAUUGAUGCAGAUACAGAUGAUGAUGACCACCUUCAUGAUGGACAAGGUUCUAGUCCUUCUGAACGUCUGUUAGGUAAUACAAGCCCCAAGCUCAGCAACAGUUCUUACCAAAGAGGAGCAAACCACCUUGAUUUGUCUCAGAGAAUGCUGGGCCAAAACAGUCUGUUCUCCUUGGAGGGACGUUCAAAGGGACAAGAGAAUCAUAUGAUUUCAGGAGACAGAGGACACUCUAAAACAAUAAGUGACAAUAAUUAAAACAGGGAAUGUAGCCUAUAACAACUGGAAUUAUAGAAAGCUGAUGACUAUAAAUUAACUAACAUUAUUCUAAAUCUACACAAACCAUAAGAGUUGCCAUGCUUUACAUGGACAGAAUAAAUACCGAGUAGAUAGUAGAAACUUUUAGAUCACUUUGCUGCUCGAGCCAGCAAGCUGUUGGAAUUACAGAAACCUCCAGCCAAAAUGCAGUUCAAGGAUUGUUGAUUGACCUGGCUGAUGGUUGAAAUUUCCAACCCCAGUAGCCUCCAAACACAAAUAGAAUUAGACAUUUACUAAAGCCAUUUAGUGCAAAGAGCCAUUUUUCUUAUUAUGAUUCUUCCUCAAAACUGGCCUUAGUUUUAUGUACCAACAGUAAGAGUUGUAUGUGUUAUACUACCAGUCCAUGUUGCAGGUAUGUGUAUUUAACCAAAAGGGUUUGCAUGUAUGAGAAUGAGCAAGAGAAACCAAAAUGAUAAAGGAAUAUGUAAACAACUGACAACAUGUAAAAGACAUAAUGUCUUGUGUAAACAGAUCCUUCAUUUUCCCAUCUCUUUAACCCAACCUUUCAUAAAUAUUCCUCUGAAGAGAUAUGCAAGUGGAGUGAUUUCAGAGGAUACAGACACUGUGAUUUGCUUUCUUUGGUCAAAUCAUGUUACAACCCACUCUUGAGAGGAAGUAAUGUAUUGUCUGUUUUACUUAUUUGAUUAUGCAUACAGCUAAAUGUUUUGUUUUACUUUUUUUAAUGAAUGUAUGAAUAUGAUUGUGGAAUUCCUCCUCAAAUGCUUAUAAAACACAAAGGCAUCAUCUACAGCAUUUGUUGAAGCCAUGCUCUUCAGUUGAUUGACUAAUAUUUAUCAACAUGGAGCACAAACUAUUGUUUCCGGAACUGAUGGGACAGCACUGAAAACACUUUAUACAGCAUUAAGGAAAGACAGCAGAACAUUUGAUGUUGCUGAUUGUACAGAAGAACAAUGCUGGGAGUGACAUACUCUUCUAAAUGAUAGUUAGAUACUUCAGCAGUUGUGGAUUACAAUAGACUUUGGUGUGGGUGGGGUGAAGAAUUGUAAAUGUAUAUUUUUAAAAUACUUUCUAGAGAAUGGGAGUAGAGAAUGGAAUAAAUUAUGCGGAUCUCUUAGUUUUGCAUAGUAUAAAAUAUUUAUUUUAAAGGGAUUGUAUUUACUAAAUAAUUUAGUGAGAAAACCUCUUUGUAUUGUUUGCUACUGUCUCCUAUAUGUCUAUGUAUAUGUUGUGAAAUACUUCUGUCCUUUUGUUCACUUAUCCUUUGUAUGAUAAAUUAAGCCAAAGACAUGUACACUAAUGAGGCUGACACACACUAUCCCCUCACUCUCUGGUAUUGUCUCUCUGCACAGGUCAAAAUCCUGGAGCACCCUAAAGCAGUGGAAACUGUUUGUUUCAUAGACUAUAUUUUAGGGAGAUUUUUGAUACAAUUUAACUUACAUUUUGAAAAACUAACUGCCACAAAUAAGGAACUAUUCAGCUGAGCCUAUUCGUCAUGCAUAAUUCAUGAAAUAUUCAAUAAACAGGACUAGAGAUCUUUAAAAGCUUAGAACUACAGCACAUUAACACUUCUUUCAAAUCAGAUCUGCAGAAAAUACUGCCUUGCCUUAAAUCAUCAAAGAAUUCUCAAAACUACAUGUUAGACACACUGUAUGUACCAAUAAUAGAGCAGGGCGUUUGCUGCCUUAGAAGCCAUAAUACACAGAAAUGCACCAAUGUGUAAAUCAACACCGCAAUGAGACACAGCGCAUACAGUUAUAAGCACACAAGCAACCACAAAACCAUCACACACAGAAGCUACUACGGCUUAAUCAACUUCAACACACACACUAGGGAAAGACUCUUUUUGAGACUGUCUUACUGUCCCUCCUGCCCCUAUGUCUGACAGAUUUAGGUCACAUCCAUUUCAUCUAAUUGAUCCAACUCUGUUCUGCUCCCCAUCAGAUGAAAGAUUUACUGCCAGUCAUAGUUAAGUCAUUAGCACAGGUGCUAAUUGCAAAUCGUGUUAAUUUAUAGCCUGACCUCAGAGUGGUGCAUGACCAAUGGUGUGGCUGAUUACUUGCUUUGUUUAUGGUUUUGCCCAAGAAGUAUCUAUGUCAAGAAAUGGAAGGCGUUUGAUUGAGAAGUCAUUAUGAAAAGUAAAAACUCUACAUCUAAAUUUCUGUGCAUGAGGGAAACUAAAAAUAAGUCAGAUUUUGAAAAGAAAUUGAGAACUCAUUUACAUGACACUGUCUUGUUUUCCUCUCUGGCUGUUAAAUUUUUUACAUUAAAAGACGUGGAUGCUUUCUCCCUUUGUCUAUGUUUACCUGAAGACAGAGAGUCUAAAUAAAUCAUAAACAAGUAGAACAAGCAAUAAGAGCAUAAAAAAAUCAGGAUAGAGGUAUUUUGUGGUGAAACCACAAAGCUCUGACAACAUUAACAUCAAUUAACAUCUGCACCAAAAUAGUCUGGCACUGAAAAGCUGUCUGGCCUAUUGAUGAAGGAAUGUUAGUAAGAGGUACGUUAAAAACCACAUUUUUAUCCCUCAUGAACCACACACAUUACUGCUUUAUUCUAGCAUUACUGUUUGCCCAAAAAAUCAAUGUAAAGACUGGAAAUAAAGAUGAUGUUUUGUCUGA